ACCCGGGCGCGGGGCGGCCAAGCGGUCAACGAGGGCGAGGGCAGCCAGAGCAGCCGCGACAUUUUGUUUCUCAACUCGCGCCGGGUGCGGGACGCGGUGCAGAUUGAGUGCAUGGAGGGGAAAUCCAAGGAUACGGACCCCUAUGUCCUGCCGGAGUUGCUCACCUACGUCACCGACAUUAAUCGCUUGUACGUGACCAAGAACUUUUUCAAAACCUCCUG